UAGGAAUUCUACCUACAUCAACACUGCAUAACUACUAUGGUUCAACACGUAGCCCUAUAAUCAGGGAGUAGAAAUACCUGGGGAUAUUGAGUAUAUAUUACAUCGUAUCUCCCCCCCAAUGCAAACAUCUUUUCAUCUGCACCUCGCUUCAGAAGCAAACAGGCAUCUGCACCUCACUCGAUAACAAAAAGAAAUCGCUACUCAAGGUUUAUAACUCAUUCAAAAUGCGUUAUACUGCUGUCCUCGCUGUCCUCGGCUUCUCCGGAGUCAUGGCCAACAACAACUUCGGACCCUUCGGAUUUUUCGGACCCUGGUUCGAUGGCGACUUCGAUAUCGAUGACCUCGCUGAUUUCCACUUCCCCGAGAACCCUUGUGAAUUCAUUGGCGGCACUUGCGAGGCCACGACCCUUGGAUUCUGCUCUGGUCGGGGCGACUUCAGCGUUGACCUGCCUUGUGGCGGCCUCGGAAUUGUUGGCGUCGGCUGCUGCUGGCACAGGGACACCAGCAAUAUUUGGUUUGAGCAGUGGAAGGAGUGGCUCGAGCGACACCGCCGCCACAACUAAAGCCGCUUUAAUGUCUUAACGCUUUAAUGGCUUGAUGCUUCAAUGGCUUGACGCUUUAAUGGCUUGACGAAGUCUUCAAUUGGCGAUUUAUUGAUGUACGGUAGUUAGUGAUGGAGAGAUUAGCCGUACUGGAUUCAAUGAGAGAUUGUUAACCCCGA